CAAUCAUGGCCGCACAACAGAUCGCAAACAUGGACAAGCUCCAACACAAAUCCAUAAUCACAACCCCCAACAACCUCACCUACAGCUACUACCUCUCCCCAAACUUCAACUCAAAACUAGACAAAAAUGUCCCAACUCUCAUGUUCCUCCACGGCUACCCGGACGACGCCUACAUGUGGGCAGGCGCAAUCCCGACCUUCCUCUCCCUCCCCUACCCCUUCAUCGUCCUCGAUCUCCUAGGUUUCGGCGGCUCCUCCAAACCCUCUGACGCCCAAUACUACAACUACCGCGCCCAAGCCAACAGCAUCACGCAAAUCCUGGACCACGAAAAAGUCCCCAACAACGUCAUCCCUAUCGGCCACGAUUGGGGUUCCGCAACCUCUCAACGGUUUUAUCUCUAUCAUAAAGAUCGUUGUGUAGGUUUAAGUCUUUUGAGUUUAGCGUAUCAGAUUCCUAGUUCGGAGAAAUUUGAUCUCAAAACUGCGAAUGUGGAAACAGAAAAAAGGUUUGGUUAUCCUCAAUGGGAAUAUUGGAAUUUUUUCACCAGAGCUGAUGCGGCGAAUUUGAUGAGGGAUAAUGUUGAGCGGUUUUGGGAUGUGAAUAAUGGACUUUAUAUUUCUGACAAGCUAGGUGAAGAAGGACGAGAUAUUUGGAUGCGAGAAAUGUUUUGCGUUCCGCAUGCUAUGGAUGAUUAUGUGGAUGGAAAAGGGAAAUGGGCUGGAGGGAAGAGAGUAGAAUUGAAACCUUAUGCGAAAGAUCCUGUACUGUUUCAACGAUUCAAGGAGCGUUUGUGUCGGGAUGGAUUUGAGGGGCCGGUGCAGUAUUACCAUUCUUUGAAGAAUAAUACGAUGAUUGAGGAUGAGAGGGAGUUGGUGGAGAAGAAGGAUGGGACGAAGAUUGAGGUUCCGUUGUUGUAUAUUGGGCAGACGGGGGAUUGGGUGUGUAGGGUGGAUUUGAUGGGGGAUGCGAAGGAGAAGGGGUUGGUGGGGGAUUUGGAGGAGAAGGUUGUGGAUGCUGGACAUUGGGUUUUGUAUGAGAAGCCUGAGGAGAUUGCGGAGAUUAUUAAGGAGUGGUUGGGGAAGAAGUUUCCGGUGAAGGCGUAG